AUGAAGGUACCCCUGACUAGUCUCCCACUUCCGUAUGGCAGGGCAACUUUGGCCGUCUACAACCCGGCGCUGGAGCCCCGGAUGGUCAAGCGACCUGUCCAUUACAGCCUCGGGUUCGUCGGUUGCGAGGGCAGAGUCAACUCAUUCGACAUCAGGAGCAUCGGGGCCAGAGACGCAAAGCGCACCGAGUCGAAGUUGGGAGACACCAUCUCAAGUUGGUUUUCGAGGUUUCGAAUCGCGAAGUAUCAGUCGGACGACAAUGAGCUGACAGCGCUCAGAGAGAAAUUCUCCAGAGGCCAUCGAGGUUGUAUUGAAGAGAUUGUCAGUGUCUGUUUCUCACAUGAGCUGUCGAGCCAAUCGCAGGUUAAGCAAUUUCCCAGGCCAGAGCAAGAGGUGUUACCUAGAAUGACGGAUUCUUUGAGAGAUGGUGCCAGCAUCUACGAGACUAUGGCCAGACUCAAGAGUUGUAGGUCAGUCAACGUCACGAGCAUGCUGCCCUCAUUGGGGUUCUUCGAAUGGCUAAUCACUGACACGCUGUCCUUUUCUUCUUCUGCUCUGGAGAAGAUGGAGGUCUUGAUUGAGUUGGAGGGGGAGAGCCGAUUGAUGCCAAUCAGAACUCCCAUCCCUGCGCCCAUCCGGUACUGCUUAUUUUUGAGUUUGUUCUAG